AUGACCACCACGGCAACAGCAGCGACAGAAAUUGAAUCUGAGGUCCCACUCACCAACGGCCAGACCAACGGCAGCGCACAUCGCAAUGAGAAAUCCUCCAAAGACCUCCUCUCUCCCUCCUCCGCCUUGCCUUCCUCGCCUUCCAGCAGCAGCGUCGGAGUCGGGGCCGGACGCGGAACAUCCUACUGGCGCAACCUCAGCCGCAGUCCCAGUCCGCUAGGUCUAAUUCCGAUCCACCGGGAAUGGCGCGACUUCAUCCAUAAACACGAAGUGCCGCGGAAAGUCCUCCACGUCAGCAUCGGCUUCGUGACGCUGUACCUCUACCGGCGAGGCGUGGAGAUCAGCCAGAUCCACCCGGUCCUGCUAAGCCUGCUGAUCCCCAUCUUUACGACGGACGUCCUGCGCUUCCGGUACCCGGCCCUGAACGAAUUCUACAUCCGGGUCCUCGGGCCCUUCAUGCGGGAGAGCGAGGCGCACGACCGCUUCAACGGCGUGAUCAGCUACCUCGCGGGCCUGUGGGUGACGAUGCGCUUCUGCCCGAAGGACGUCGCGGUCAUGAGCGUGCUCCUGCUCUCCUGGAGCGACACGGCCGCGAGCACCAUCGGCCGGGCGUACGGGCGGUACACGCCGAGGAUCCGGCGGGGCAAGAGCCUGGCGGGGUCCCUGGCGGCGUUCGCCGUGGGGCUGGGCAGCGCCGUAUUGUUCUAUGACCUGUUCGUGCCGGCGCAUCCGGCGGAUUUGAGGGAGGGGUUCGCGUAUCGGGGGGUGUUGACGCUGCCGGAGAAGGCGCGGGAGGUGCUCGGGUUGAAGAUGGAUGAGGCGAGGAUUGAGGGUUCCCUGGCGAUGGGCGCGCUUGCCCUGGUUUCGGGCGUGGUGGCGAGUGUUUCCGAGGCGUUGGAUGUUUUUGGUUUGGAUGAUAAUUUGACGAUACCCAUUCUGUCGUCGAUUGGACUCGGCGUGUUUCUCUGGGCUUUUGCGGGAUAG